AUGCUACGCAAGGGCAUCACGGAGAGCUUCGGCGCCGCCAUCCACGGCCUCGGCACCGCUCAGCUGACGGACCUGGUGGUCCAGAGGAGCAAGAGGAUGAUGCUGGACACGCUGGGGGUCGGGCUGCUGGGGACCCGGACGGCCGUCUUCCACAAGGCCCUCGCCUACAGCCAGCUCUUCACGUCGGAGCAGAGGAGCAGCGUCUGGGGCCGGUCCGAGGCGGUUCUCCCUCCUCACUACGCCGCCUUCGUCAACGGCGUGGCGGUCCACUCCAUGGACUUUGACGACACGUGGCACCCUGCGACGCACCCGUCCGGCGCCGUGCUGCCGGGCCUGCUGGCGCUGGCCGAGACGCUGCCGUCCCGGCCCUCGGGCCUGGAGCUGCUGCUGGCCUUCAACGUGGGCCUGGAGGUGCAGGGCCGGCUAAUGAGGUUCUCCAGGGAGGCCGGGAACAUCCCCGAGAGGUUCCACCCCCCCAGCGUGGUGGGGGUGAUGGGCAGCGCUGCGGCCGCCGCUAAGCUGCUCCGUCUGUCCCCGGCCCAGUGCGCCCACGCCCUGGCCAUCGCGGCCUCCUCGGCCGGCGCGCCCCUGGCCAACGCCGCCACGCAGACCAAGCCGCUGCACGUGGGCAACGCGGCGCGGCGCGGCCUGGAGGCGGCGCAGCUGGCGGCCCUGGGGCUGGAGGGGAACCCCAACAUCCUGGACCUGGACUCAGGCCUGGGGGUUUACUACCGGGACUACCGGCCCUGCCCCAUGGACGGUGCUGCCGGCUCCUUCAGGUGGGUGCUGGAGGACCAGGACGUGGCGUUCAAGCGGCUGCCGGCCCACCUGGCCAUGCACUGGGCCGUGGACGCAGCGCUGGCGGCCCGCGCCGCGCUGCUGGACGCGGAGGGGGGUCUGGAUCCGGGCCAGGUGACCCGGGUCACCCUGCAGGUGCCCUCCUCCCGGUACAUCGACCGGCCCCUGCCCGUCUCCGAGCACCAGGCCCGCCACUCCUUCCAGUUCUGCGCCAGCGCGGCGCUGCUGGACGGGGCGGUGACCCCAGCGACCUUCAGCCGGGAGCAGCGUGAGCGGCGCCCCCUGGUGGAGCUGCUGGGGAAAGUCCGGGUCCAGACCCCCCGGGACAACCCGCCCUGCUUCGACGGCAUGUACUGCUCCGUGGAGCUGGAGACGGCGCGGGGGGGCCGGUACUCCGCCCGCUGCGACACCUUCUACGGCCACUGGAGGAGGCCGCUGAGCCAGCGCCACCUGCUGGACAAGUUCAGACGCAACGCGUCGGCCGUGCUGCGGACCGAGGGCGUGGAGGGGGUGGAGGCCGCGGUGGGGGCCCUGGAGGACCAGAGCAGCUGCAGCACCCUGGGGGGCUACCUGAGGAUGAGCAGCCACACACCUGAGCAGUAACUAGGGUCA